GGGAGACAGGGGGACAGGGCCCCUCUCACACAGGGAGACAGGGGUCCCCUUAGACUGGAGACAGGGGGACAGGGAGACAGGGCGACAGGGAGACAGGGGGACAGGGCCCCCCUCAGACAAUAGACCAGGAGACGCAGGCCCCCUCAGACAAGGGACCAGGAGACGCAGGCCCCCUCAGACAAGGGACCAGGAGACGCAGGCCCCCUCAGACAAGGGACCAGGAGACGCAGGCCCCCUCAGACAAGGGACCAGGAGACGCAGGCCCCCUCAGGCAAGGGACCAGGAGACGCAGGCCCCCGGCAUGAGGGACCACAACGUCGGCGCGGCCGCGCGGCUGCAGCUGCGGAGCCUCGGGGUCCGCGUGGAGGCGGCGGCCAGGAGGCCCAAGGGCCGGGCUGGCUCGGGGAAGAAGAAAGAAGAUUAUUCUCAUGGGGGCUCACCAUCCAGUACCGAAUCGCUGGUCCCAAGGUUUGUCCUGGAAGCCUGUCGCUAUCUCCAAGACCACUUGGACACAGAGGGCAUCUUCCGGAAGCCGGGAUCAUUGUCCAGGAUGCGAGAGCUCAAGGCCCGGCUGGAGCGCGGCGAGGCCUGCCUGGCGGGCGCGACGGUGAACGACGUCGCCGGGCUGCUCAAACAGCACCUGCGUGAGGCGGCCGAGCCGCUGGUGCCGCGCGAGCUGCACUCAUCGCUGCGCCGAGCGCAGCAACUGGCGACGGCGGAGGAGCGCACGAGGGCAACGCUGCUGCUGUGCCUGCUCAUGCCCCCCGCCACCGCCCACACCCUGCGCUUCCUCAUGACCUUCCUGCACUCCGUGGCCGAGAGAGCGGAGGACAACAAGAUGACGGCGACGAACCUGGCGGUGGUGUUCACCCCGACCCUGAUGCACGGUGGGCGCGGGGCCAGCCUCACGCCCGGCACACAACAGCUGCUCCAGCUGCAGGUGCUCACCGUGGAGACGCUCAUCGCCAAUGCUCCUCGCAUCGGCCAGUGGCCGGAUGAGGAGGAGGUGGAGGAAGAUAACGAUGAUGCUGCAGGGGCAGACUUUGGCAGGAAGGGCAGCGAGGACCAGUCGCCAUCCACUGGCGGGCGUGGAGACCAGCGCUCGCUCAAGUUGAACCGUCGCCGCAGCUUCAACGACGUCGUCUACGGUGCUUUGAAUCGUCUGAAAAUCAGCAAGACGCCUGUAGGCACACCUAAGGGAGAAGAUUGCGUGGGUCCGCAGACGCCUCUCACGGGGAGACAAAAGAGGAAAUCCUCCGAUGUCAGCCCGAAUCACGACUCCUCCGGCAAGAAGCGACGAGGAGACGAGGUGUGGGACUCGACGCCGCGUGGCUCAGGUCAUCUCGACACGUCGCAGCCAAGCGCCGGAGACUCCAGCCGUUACGCGACGCGAGGCUCGGACGCUCCAUCGCUCGAGGCGGAUGGAGCCGCGGUCCCGCCCGGCGAGGCCACCACCACCACCACCACCCCGUGCGCGCAGGGAGGCGAGGGGGCGGCACUCAUGACGAGGAAGCGGUCGCGGAUGCUUCUCGGCCUGUCGGCACCACACCCGAGCAGGACGUCAGCCAGGCUAAGGCUGCGGAUGACCAAGCCAAGAGCGGGAUCCGGACCUGGAGACAGAGACGGAGCCAGAGCCAUCCACUUGUCGUCAUCAUCGGGGCCGUCUGAUGGCUCGCGCAAGUCUCUGCGCGUCAUGCUGAGCCACUUGAAGGCUUUUGGCUCCGAGGAGCGCGCCACUUGUUACCCGCUGAAGAGCAGCGCGGAAGUGGGGAGGCGCCUGGCCAACCAGCCUCGCCUCGACGGCGGGAUGGACACCCUCAGGAUCUUCCCGCAAACGCCGCGCAGGAAACCGGCGCCCGCUUUCAAACCUCCCGUCGAGGCUGGCCCCGCAGGACUGAUGGCGCGGAGCGGAGGGGGUCAAGGCUCUGCAACGUCAGCGUGCGCGCCAGGCAGCGGCGGUCACCGUCCGCUCUCCGUCCGCGCCGCGACCGCGGGCAGCGCAACCGCGCCCGGGAUAAGCGACCGGCAGAGCCACCGUGGGCCCCUCCCCGUGGCUGCCGCCGCCUCCCCUGCGAUCUCCGCCAACUUGACCCCCGACCCGUGUUCAGACGCGCCUGCGUCGCUGUGGAACGCGCGGCCGAGCGGCAACUCAUUGUGCUGCGGUGACCGCGUCGCCCCGACCGCUGUCAGGAUCAAAGGAGCGUUUUUUGAAUCGGGGAACGAGCUGCACGCGCUGGCCUUCAAACGCAAAGGAGGCGAUCCGUCGAGGGCAGGCGGUGACUUUCGAAACUCCGAGUCUAAAAUGUCAAGCGAAGCUGAAACCGCAUUUGAAAAGAACCCCAUCGGCGGGCGCCUUCAUCGGCCCGUGCCGGGAGACGACCGCCUCGGCCCCACGGCUUCGAAUCCCUGCGCAACUUUUUACGGCGGCCUUAACAGAGUCUGCGAUGCAAAUCAAUCGGUCGGCCAAGAUAAUUAUCAGCAGCGCGAUAGCGAUUCAAGUUCGCUUUCCCUUGCCGUGCCGGUGUCCGAGGUGUCGGAGAAGCGUCUUCCUGCUCCCAGCUGCUCAAAUGCCGAUGGUUCAGCAAUUACACAGUUUUGCGGCUGUGGGUCUUGCGACUUAAAAGGGCAAAAAAAUCCAAUUUCAACUCCUAGCGAGAUUCUCAAACUUGAUACGUUUCCAGGCUACAAACACACCCAAGGCUCGCAGUGUGCAGGCGUUCGGCUUAUCCCCGCUGCUCUCACAGAAGCGAGUAAGCAGGGACUCGCGAGUGAAGUGCGAAAGCCAGCAAAAGGAAUUUCACGUGAAACUCUGCUCUCGGAACCCGACUGGUGUUGGGAUGCAGAUGCCAUCAAAGCGUCCUCCAGGGCGUCGAGUUGUCUUCCCGCGGGCAGAACGGUGGACACCCUGUUCCGCUCAUCCUCGGCUGAGAUGGUCGGAUUCGGCCUUCAGAACCCUGCCCUGAGGCUCGUCAAAGCCUCAUCCGCGGAAGCCUGCCCUUCCGGCUUUGACGAUGAGACGGCGCGCAGGCGGCCGCCACGGAUGACAGUCACCUCGUUUGUGGGCGCCCCCAUGAAACUGAGCGUGAGGUGCGAGGAACCUUCGCCACCAUCAAACCAACCAAACCCUCGUGGCGUUGACGUUCAGACCGUGACGGGGACUAUGGGAAACAGCGACGUGGAGCGCGAAGCAGGCGAUGAAAAAGAAGAGGUGUACGUGGCCACGUCCGGGCAGGCUCUUCGCAGUUCUCCCGGCGACCACGGUAAUGGGCGACGCAACCCGGAAAGCCGCGAUGGAAGAAGCACGGUGCAGGACGUGCCUCUCCACAGGAGCGUAUCCACCCCGUCCAGGCCGGUGACUGCCCAGCACGGCCCUCAUCUCAGGUCCGGGGCCGGAACGACGCGGGCUUUACCCAAGGGCGACAGCGGCGGAAUCCUCAAGAGCGUAUCGUUCAAUGCCAAGGGGUCACGGGCGUGUGGCCAGGCCCGAGCAUCCACUUCCGGCCGGGCGGUGGAGACGAAGGCUGCCCCUGGAGGGGGGCGGCUGGUGCGGACCGGCAGGCCACUGCAGGUUCCACCCAAAUGCCCCGUGGCCCCGAUGCCCUUCGUGCCAAGCAAGGCAGCCUGGGAUGUGUGAGCGAGACGUCUUUCUGCCUGGCUUCAGAGUUAAUGUUGCAACGUUCCGGUUUGCUCUAUUUCCCACUCCCGUAUUUCCCUGCCCUGCCUGCCGCACCGUGACCCCGUCUGACCUGGUGUAGUUUGUUUUUAUUGUAAACUGUCUUAAGAUGCAAUUGAAUAGACACCGUAUAUAUUCAGAUUGUUGUUCUUCCAUCUACCAAUUUCACCAGCUUUGUUUUAAUGGUGGCUUUUAAAAAGAGUUUAGUUGGGUUGUUAGAAUGCAUUGCCCGUCAUUAGGCGUCUGAUUUGUGUAUUUGUCAGUCAUUUAAUAACUUUUAUUUCACGGCACAAAGAGCCUUGAAAAUGUGGUCCGAGCACGGCGCAGCACUUGUGGUACCACGCGGUGAAGUCUGCACAGCAAAACACUACUGAGGUCACACGGUGAAGUCUGCACAUUGCGGCACUACUGGUACCACGUGGUGAGGUCUGCACAUCGCGGCGCUACUGGUACCACGUGGUAAAGUCUGCACAUCGCGGCACUACUGGUACCACGUGGUGAGGUCUGCACAGCAAAACACUACUGAGGUCACAUGGUGAAGUCUGCACAUCGCGGCACUACUGGUACCACGUGGUGAGGUCUGCACAUCGCGGCGCUACUGGUACCACGUGGUGAGGUCUGCACAUCGCGGUGCUACUGGUACCACGUGGUGAGGUCUGCACAGCAAAGCACUACUGAGGUCACAUGGUGAAGUCUGCACAUUGCGGCACUACUGGUACCACGUGGUAAAGUCUGCACAUCGCGGCGCUACUGGUACCACGUGGUAAAGUCUGCACAUUGCGGCACUACUGGUACCACGUGGUGAGGUCUGCACAUCGCGGCGCUACUGGUACCACGUGGUGAGGUCUGCACAUCGCGGUGCUACUGGUACCACGUGGUGAAGUCUGCACAGCAAAGCACUACUGAGGUCACACGGUGAAGUCUGCACAUCACAGCACUAUUGGAGCCACACGGUGAAUUCUGCACAUUGCGGCACUACUGGGACCAUGGUCAAGCCUGCACAUCGCAGCAUUACUGAGGCCACUCGGUGAAUCCUGAACAUCGUGGCACUACUAGGACCACACGCGGUGUGUGCUGUCUGGUGUCAUGUCCAAUUAUAAAGUAGGCCACGUUGAGUGGAUCGUCACUUUGUGGAGAGACUCGCAGUGCUCACGUGUGCCGGUCUACGGUUACACACGGGAAUCCGGGCUGCACCGCACGGCGUGGUGUGUGCGUGUGCGUUUGUGGCCCUGUCAUUUCAGUGAGUGAGUGAGUGUGGUCCUGUCAUUUGAUUGUCUUUGUUGUGGUCCCAUAAUUUUCGUGAGUAAGUAUGUGAUUGUCUUUGUGUUCCUCUCAUUUCAAUGAGUUGUUGUGUGAGUACAUGGACACUGCUGGGGUAAAUAUCAGAGGAGUCGUCCUCCCUUCGUUGUGGGUUACCGCGGAUCUCUGCGGCACUAAUAGGCAGGUGUGCUAAAGCCGGUUGAAUUAUUUGCUCCCUAACGCCAGACCAAAGUGAUUCGGUAUCAUUACAGUUCUCGGAAGCCUCCUGUUGCCACGACAGGAGAAGAUAACGCUCGCACACGGCUUCCGUCUCAGUGGGCAGCUUUUCAACGUGUGGGGGCUCUUUUUAUCAUCGUGGUAGAAUUCUCCAAACUCCUUCUUUCAUGAGCACAGGAAGCAGCCCCGCCAGACCCUCGGCUCCGCUUACAGAGAAAGUGAAUAAAUAUUGCGCUUUUAACACGAGCAGUAAAACAUAUAAAUUUAACAUUACAUUUAAUGGGGAUUUUUUAUUUUUUUUGGACUCCUGCAGAUUAAAAUAUUUCAGAGUCGUUCUCCGGGAAUUGAAAAUGUGCCGCGUGUGGAAGGUUACAAAAGUGAUUUGAUGUGAAGAUUGAUAUUCCGUCCCGUCCCGUUCCUGCCCGAUAGAACGAGCGGACCUAGCGCUUGCUGCCGCCACCACCCGCCCCACGUCCCGGUUAGAGGUGGCGACGAUGUUUGGGUUCGUCGGCGAUGUAAUCCCGACCUGGUUGUACUCUCAAGCUUGUGCUUCGGUGGCGGGGAAAUUGCAAGUGGCGAGGCGAGGGGGCUGUGUACUUGUGAGAGGAAACUCACGAGUGCACAGUCUGCGAAUGCGGUCACCGAGAACGACCUGAGUAUGUUUAUCGUGAUCAAAAAUACCGCUGUCAGAUUUCUCACCCGCUGCCCAAUACGCCAAUCCAUUUCCCAAUCCAAUCCCGUAUCGAUUGCACGGUCACGCUCGCCAUCUUCGUCCUCCUCCUCCUCGGAGAGACUGACGCCGGUCCACGGGAGGAUCUUAGAAGUGCGGUGAGCGCAAUCUUGUAAUUUAUCCAGGACCGGAUUGGGAUCUGGUGAAGGGAUAUUGGGUUGAAUGUGGUAAUGUUUAUUGUGCAGAAACAUUGUAGCUCAUCUGGAGUGCUUGGGGAGGUGGGUGUUUGUGAGGAGGCCCAAGAGGGAGAGGGUUGCAGGAGUCGGGUUGAGAUUGAACGAAGGCUCGGAUGAGGAGUUCAGCGGCAGACGGGGCGCUGUAGAUGGCGCAUGUGGGAGAUGUUGCGUACGUGUAGGUUGGAGGUCUUGCAAAGCUGAGAACGAGAGCUCAGGAUUGAUGACAACCCCAAAGUUACGAUGCGUGCACUGCCGGUGUGAUGUCAGAUCGCAGGAGGUGCGCAGUCAAACUGGAAUCUUUGCCGAGUGUGGACUUUCUGCCAGUGAUUCAGCAUGGGAGGCAUUUUUUUUAGUUUUCACUAUAUCAAGCGUAACUAAUUUCUGGGAGUUUUGAAUGGAAAAUAAAUCGGCUUAAUAAAUUUUAAUUAUAUAUUUGCUCCUCUUCGCUAGAUAAACGCUUUGUGUGCAUCUCGCAUCUUCAUUUUUAACAACUUAAAUUGCAC